AUGUAAAUUGUAGUACUAGAUUCUUCAGUACUCAAAUUCCAUUGUAUUGUUGUUUAGCUGAUCUUCUAUAAAAAGAAUAGUAAAUUUAAUAAAUGGGUAUUAUUUUAUAUAUUGUAAUUCAAUUUGGGAGGAUUGGUUCUUUUUACAAAUUAUUUGCUUUGGGCUUGA